AUGGUCAGUCGCAUGUACGCUGUGCACAGAUGGGCAGUAACGGGAACACCAAUAGGACACCAGGGAAUUGGGUCCAUGAAGGGUCUGUUGGAGUUUAUCUCGCAUCCUAUUGGUCUACGCAAAGGCCUGUUAAAACGUGUGGGCAAAGUGUGGAAACACAGUGAGGCGUGUCUAUUGGAAGAGGAUGGGGGUGGUACGGGUAGGGUGCAGGCGGGUGGUGGCGAUGCUACGAAGGCUAUCAGGUGCUUGUUAGGAGAUGUCAUGUGGCGAGUGAGUAAGCAGAGUGUGCAG